GGCAGACAGAGUUUCGCGGCGCAAAGUCAAAGCAAACGCCGAGACUCCACCCGAUGCACGCUUCAUACACUCAUUGUUCUUCGCCGCAACUUGCGCUUGCAGCUAUCCUUCCAUCGGCAUCGCAGCUCACGAAACAAGGACCCGCGUCCUUCGAGCCGCUGAGAAUGUUUCUCUCGCCGCUCCGCAUCAGAUUGGCCUCAAAAGCCAGUCGGAUCCUCGAAGAAGCCUUCGUCUGCAAGAGAUGUCUCCAGCACCAGAGCAAAGCCCGCAAGCAAUUUACAUCCACCCGCCAAACACCAUUCCUCAAUGCCUUCCGAAGACAUCAAUCCUCGUCCAUCGCUCCUAACUCUCCUACCACCUCCGCGCUCAACCAAGCCAUCCAAAGCGCCUCUCGCUCAACCUCCCAAUCCUCCUGGCCCAAGACCUCCCACAAAUCCGUCGCCUACUGGCUUCUCGGCAGCGCCGCUUCAGUCUUCGGCAUCGUCGUCUUUGGCGGCCUGACACGUCUCACCGAGUCCGGGCUAAGCAUAACAGAAUGGCGACCUGUCACAGGCUCGCUGCCUCCGCGACACGAGGCGGAUUGGGAAGAGGAGUUUGCGCGGUACAAGCUCAGUCCGGAGUUCAAGAUGCUGAACUCGCGGAUGAAUUUGGAGGAGUUCAAACAGAUCUAUUGGAUGGAGUGGACUCACAGGCUCUGGGGAAGGGUGGUGGGAGUGACGUUUCUGCUGCCGACGGCGUAUUUUGUCAUUCGGAGAAGGGUCACACCGGGUAUGGCGUGGAAGUUGACGGGUAUCUGCGGGAUGAUUGGGUUUCAGGGAUUUUUGGGGUGGUGGAUGGUGAAGAGCGGAUUGAAGGAUGACUUGUUUGAGCAGGGGAAGCAUCCGCGCGUCAGUCAGUAUCGACUGGCGGCGCAUCUGGGCACGGCGUUUGCGGUGUAUCUGGCCAUGGUGUGGAACGGACUAUCAAUACUCCGGGAGCAUCGGUGGUCGCAGAAGCCGUCGGAAGCCAUCAACGUGCUCAACGCCUUGCGCAAGCCGGAAUUGAUGCCCUUUCGACGUCUAGUCGGGCCUUUGAGCGUGCUUGUCUUUGUGACAGCCAUGUCGGGCGCACUGGUAGCCGGCCUCGACGCCGGUCUCAUCUACAACGACUUCCCCUGGAUGGGCCAAGGACUCAUCCCACCAAAGCGCGAAAUGCUGGACUCCUUCUACUCGCACCGACCGGAUGAAAAAGACUUAGUGUGGCGCAACAUGCUGGAAAACCCGGUGCUGGUGCAGCUCGACCACCGCAUCCUCGCCACCACCUCGUUCUGCGCCAUCAUCGGACUCUGGGCAUACAGCCGCUUCAACCCUCGGGUGCGAGCGGCGAUGCCUCGGGAGGUGAGCAAGGCUACGCGUGGCGUGGUGCAUCUUGCUCUCCUGCAGGUGACGCUGGGGAUCACGACGCUGUGGUAUCUAGUGCCCACGCCGCUCGCUGCUGCACAUCAGGCUGGAGCUCUGGCGCUGUUAACUGGCGUUGCGCUUUUGGGCAGCAGAGUGGUCGUGUCGAGGAGAGGCGUGAGGCUGGUCGAGCAGGCGCUGAAGUUGGCGAAGGAGAAGAAAGUGGAGGUGAAGAAGAUUGCUUGAGCUGAGCGACGGACGGGCUGGCACAUAUAUGUAUAGAAGUAGAUUGUAUGACUAUUGACCUCCAAACA